CCCGAGAGGGAGGGCUCUAUGAAGAGGGCACAGCGAGCUGUGAAUAUGGUUCGGUGUGAAGUUGAGUAAAUUACUGUAUGGCUGCAGAUCUCAAGGGAAGUGAUUCCCUUUCAAAUCACACCUUCUGCUUUGUUUUCGGUGCGUAAAACACUGCUUAAACGGCUACUGGACUAUCAUCAAAACGUUAUUUACAACGAUCACAUGAUGCUGCAUUGUAUGUCAAAUUGUAACUUCAGGCUAUAGGGAUGGCGUCUUCCGGAUAGUGUGAAAUCGCGGAGGCUCUAAUUUAAGGCAUUUCUUCAUAAGUGUUUGAUGCAUAAUAGACGUGGAAAUCAGUAAGUUGUGGAGGAGGUCAACCGCACACAUGUUGCAACUAAGCGCAACUUUCGAUUUGCAGCAGGAUGUGGUGUCAAGUAUAUUUAAGAAAGAGGCGACUGUAGGAAUAAUCAAAGAAUACUCAGGGAUCGUUGACACUCGGAUCCUCAACAUUGAAAGGGAUGGAGGAGUCCUCUACUCCUGGAAAGGGGAAACAGGGACCACCAGGAUCGGGAAAUACGACCCCAAUACCAGACAGAAUAAGCUCCUCUACACAUUUGACAAGCAGGUGUGUGUCAGCAGCUGUUCUCUGAAUAAGGAGGAGACUCUGCUGGCGGUCAGUUUGGCACAGAGGACAAGAACAGAGGAGCGCCUCAGACCAGUUUCAAAAUGUCUGACCCUCCUCAUUGAGAUCCAUCCCAUUAACAACACUAAGGUCCUGAAGGCUGUCGACUGCCGGGUCAGAGUUCAGUUCCUCCAUCCAGACACAGAGAGGGACUCAGUGCUGGAGAGUCACCUGCUGCUGGUAGCAGAAGAUGGCUAUGUGGAGCAGCUCCAUGUAAUGCUGGUCAGACAAGAGGGUUACAGAGUGGUGAUGUUGAACCCAGAGUGCCUGGCCAAAGACAGGGUGGCAGAGGAGUUCAGCUGGGUCCAGUGGGACAGCCAGACACAGAGACUCUUCUACCUCACAUACAGGGAAAAAGCUGUGCUGAAAUGUGUGCAAUUCUGCCAUGACCGCAACUGUGAGACCUUGUUUGAGCUUGUCCUGGAGUUGCCCUCUAACCCUUUCAGCUGUAUGAGGUUUGUUAACCUGGGCUUUGACCAUCACCAAGAGACGCAGCAGGAACGGGAGGAGAUGAGGAUGGUGGUGAUCACCAAUAACACAGAGGGGAGUAUGUGUGUGUGUUACAGCCAGCCUGCUUGUGUCAACCAGGAGAUCACAUACACCAUAGUCCUGGUGCACAGAGGCUGCAGUAAAACGUUCUCAGUGGCUCUGGAUGGCACCCCUAGUCCAUGUGGUACAGAUCUCCUCCCUCUCUUCAUCCCUAUAGGUUACUACGUGGUAGUCUACCUGUCUGGUCACUUCCUGCACUGCAUCAACACCAGGCAACAGGAGCUGCUCUGCCACAGCCUCUUUCUCUCAGGUGUUGAUGCAGAGCUGGGUGUGUUGGGAUCAGACAGUGUGGUGUUGUCUCUACCCGAGUCCUCUCUGCUGGACCUGAACACAGGCAGGAUGUACACUGUAGACCUCAACCCCUCCUUCCUAAUGGACCUACUGCACUGCAGCCACAGUAGACCUGAUGCUCAACGCCUGGCUGCCCUGCACUGUCUGCUGCUCUACAUGGGACCCAACGCUGCACUAGAACUGAAGAUCAUAGAUUGGAUCUGUGACAAUGUCAUGCCGUUCGACACCUUCGAUCAAAUUCAGGAAUUUAUUCUGGCGUCACUGUACAGGAUCAUCUAUAAGAAGUGUCUCAGUCUGGAUGAAGUCCUACCCUACUCCUCUGUGUUUGAGAAGAAGAAGGUACCUGAGGCUCUAGACCAGGUCCCCGGUGUCACCUGCACCACAGAGCUCCAUGCUGAACCAGUGUUCAAAGGAAAGGCCAGGAGUCUCCAGGGUUAUUGGGAAGAGCUGCAGUGGAGCACAGAAAAGAUGAAGUACUUUGAGGCGGUUCCAAACCCACGAUACAGAGCAUCUCAGAACCUGCCAGACUGGACCAAGCUGCUCACUACCCUGAAGUCAAAGAACAAGAAGGCUUCUAACUAUCUACGUCACAUUGAGGAGAACACUAAACAAGUUCUGUCGAUGGUGGACAGCUGGAAUCUUGAUCAGAAAGUGGUUCCGUUGUUCCAGGAGGAGGAUAGCCAGCAGAGGGCGCUCAUAGGCCUGAUGGUGGACAAACUGAGAGAGCACCUCAACAGACACCUGCCUCGUCUGGGGAAGAAGAAGAUCGACGUGCUGGUGGUGAACUACGUGGCCAAGCUGCUGGAGCUGAUCAGACGCAUGCUGGAGUCUGUGUGGCUGAAGUACAAACUAGGCCCUCUGGUGCUGUGCUUAAAGCAGCGGGGGAGUUCAGCAGAGUGGGCUGUGUUUCACGUGAUGUGUCGGAUACUGGAGGCUACAAAGACUCUGUGUCUCCCCCUCCCUCCUGGGUAUCACACUCUACUGUCCGUGUUGGGGGUUCGCUGUCUCCCCAGACACACCUUCCUGCAGUACGUUGACCAUGGUGUGCUGCAGCUCACCGAGACCUUCGUCUCACGACUCAUGACAGAUGAAUGCUGUAACCGUGUCUGCCUCCUCCAUGCUUCAAUACAGAUGAAUGCUGUAACUGUGUCUGCCUCCUCCAUGCUUCAAUACAGAUUAAUGCUGUAACCGUGUCUGCCUCCUCUAUGCUUCAAUACAGAUUAAUACUGUAACUGUCUGCCUCCUCCAUGCUUCAAUACAGAUUAAUACUAUAACCGUGUCUGCCUCCUCCAUGCUUCAAUACAGAUUAAUGCUGUAACCGUGUCUGCCUCCCCAUACUUCAAUACAGAUUAAUACUGUAACUGUGUCUGCCUCCUCCAUGCUUCAAUACAGAUUAAUGCUGUAACCGUGUCUGCCUCCUCCAUGCUUCAAUACAGAUUAAUACUAUAACCGUGUCUGCCUCCUCCAUGCUUCAAUACAGAUUAAUGCUGUAACCGUGUCUGCCUCCCCAUGCUUCAAUACAGAUUAAUGCUGUAACUGUGUCUGCCUCCUCCAUGCUUCAAUACAGAUUAAUGCUGUAACCGUGUCUGCCUCCUCUAUGCUUCAAUACAGAUUAAUACUGUAACUGUCUGCCUCCUCCAUGCUUCAAUACAGAUUAAUACUGUAACUGUCUGCCUCCUCCAUGCUUCAAUACAGAUUAAUACUGUAACCGUGUCUGCCUCCUCCAUGCUUCAAUACAGAUUAAUGCUGUAACCGUGUCUGCCUCCUCCAUACUUCAAUACAGAUUAAUACUGUAACCGUGUCUGCCUCCUCCAUGCUUCAAUACAGAUUAAUGCUGUAACCGUGUCUGCCUCCGCCAUGCUUCAAUACAGAUUAAUGCUGUAACCGUGUCUGCCUCCUCCAUGCUUCAAUACAGAUUAAUGCUGUAACCGUGUCUGCCUCCUCCAUACUUCAAUACAGAUUAAUACUGUAACCGUGUCUGCCUCCUCCAUGCUUCAAUACAGAUUAAUGCUGUAACCGUGUCUGCCUCCUCCAUGCUUCAAUACAGAUUAAUGCUGUAACCGUGUCUGCCUCCUCCAUGCUUCAAUACAGAUUCAUACUGGCAACAAAGUGUUGAUUUAGCUAGUCAACUGAAAAAAAAGAGUUGUGUAUGUUGCUAUGACAACCAGCUCAAUUUGUUGUCUGUCUAGUUCGGAAACAUUGACUUUAUAUGAGAAGGUAGAGAAAAGCUAAUUAAGAAAAGGAAUGAGAGACUGACAAGUUUUAUACAAAUGUCUGCUGUUGAAAACCAAAUUACUUUAUAAGAAAUGGGAGAUAAUGUCUAGAUGCUUUUUAUAGUGGAGACCAAGUUUAUACAUUUCCUGGCAGGGUUGAUGAGGCAGUCAUAAGGAGCUAACGAGGCACGAUUUAGCCUGGCAUAGAACAUGUGCUCUCUCGUUAGGACACUGUUGUUUCAUCAUAGUGCCUAAUAGUUUUUGCGACUUCACUUGAAGAAACAUUAAAAGUUCAUUACAUUUCCCGGAUUGACGGACCUUCAUGUCUUAAAGUAAUGAUGGUCUGUCAUUUCUCUUUGCUUAUUUGAACUGUUCUUGACAUACUAUGGAUUUGUUCUUUUACCAAAUAGGCCGAUCUUCUGUAUACCACCCCUACCUUGUCACAACACAACUGAUUGGCUGGUACUGUAGUUGGAGUGAGGGACUGGAACGAGGGACUGGAGAGCGGGACUAGAGCGAGGGAUUGAGGGACUGGAGCGAGGGACCGGAGCGAGGGAUUGAGGGACUGGAGCGAGGGACUGGAGCGAGGGACUGGAGAG